AUGGAAGACGGCAAGCGUCAUUACUCCUGGAGAACGGUAGCCGUCGUAUUAGGAAUAUCCUGGAACGCAAUUUGCUAUUCUUACUCCGCAUCUAUUAUCGGAACUACGCUAGGUCAGCCUUCGUUUCUCAGUUACAUGGGACUUGACAGGCGAUCGGACAAGCAAGGACUUAUCGGCACUGCGACAGGUCUCUACUAUGCUGGAGGUGUAUUUGGAUGCAUUUUUAAUAGCUGGAUGGCUGAUAAGUUCGGCCGCAAAUGGGUGAUCGUUGUGGCAAAUGUCAUUCUUCUGACCUCAAGUGCCUGCCUCUCCGGCUCCGCGAGCAUCGCCAUGUUCAUUGUAUUUCGUUUUUUCACCGGCUUCAGCGCGUAUAUGUUAUAUCUCACAACCCCUCUAUGGGUUGUUGAGCUUGUCCCCCCCAACGGUCGAAGUAUUACAGCCGGUAUGGUUGGACUCUGUGGUGUAACUGGAUAUAUCCUGGCCGCAUAUGUCGGUGUGGGGUUCUUUUACCUGAGCAGUGAUACAUCUGCGCAGUGGCGAGCGCCGCUCGCAAUCGGCUGCUUCCCUCCCGUGAUUAGUUUGUUGAUAGUUUACUGGCUACCCGAGUCCCCUCGGUGGCUUUUAAGUCAGGAUAGGGAGACGAAAGCAUGGGAAAUUAUCCGCCGACUUCAUACUAUUCCUCACGAGGACGAAAGUGGGUAUGCAGAAGCUGAAUUUGCCCAAAUGCGAGACCAAAGCGAAACAGAGCGACUCCAUAAUAGCUCCUGGUCAGAACUAAUGACAAAUUCUUUUUAUCGCAAACGUACAAUUCUUGUUAUCGCUCUUCCUGCAAUCAUCUUCUCGACAGGGAAUCUCGUUAUCACGACGUACGCUGCUUCCAUCUUCAGCCAUCUAGGUUAUGGUUCUGGACAAUCAAUAAAUCUGCUGGCCGGAAUCUAUGUUGCGGCUGUGGCUGGGAAUCUCUUUUCCCUCACAUACAUCGACCAUGUUCCACGGAAUGUGAUCAUGGCCCUCGGCACAUUGCUGUGCACGCUUGUUCUUGGUAUUGAGACUGCGCUAGUUGCAUCAUGCGCAAAUCCAGAGGCGGCCCACAGGGGAUCACUCUUAUCAGCAGCGGCAGCUUUCAUAUUUCUUUACCUGUUCACCUUCAAUACAUCUCUAGAGGGACCGAGCUGGUACUAUGCAAGCGAGGUAUUUCCUACGUCUCUGCGUACCAAAGGUAUGACGCUCAAUGUCAUCAGUUUCGCCCUCAUCAAUCUCUUCUGGCUUGAACUUGCCCCGACUGCAUUUGCCACCAUUACUUGGAAGUUCUACUUGGUGUUCGUUUCAAUUUCAGUGUUGGGAUCAGCCUUCAUAUUUUUUGCUUUCCCAGAUACUUUGAAACAGCCCUUGGAAAAGAUUGCAGGUAUGCCGCCCGAUGGAAAUGAAUUGAAAAAUAGUCAUUCAAUUCACCAGGAGGAGAGUUAA